UGAGACGGACAUGACGGGAUGCUGGCUCGGCGUCAUGGCCCUACUGGUCAGUCUCGCGUCAGACGCCGGCUCCCAGCGUCCCACAGGCCUCAACAAGCGUCACGACGUCUACAUCGCCGGUUUCUUCCCGUUCGCCCGCCACAUCCCUGAGAGCAGUGUAGGCCGUGGGGUUAUGCCUGCUGUAAAGCUCGCUGUGGACCACAUCAACGAGAGUCCUCAAGUCCUGCGAAACUACCGUCUGCACAUGUGGUGGAACGACACUCAGUGUAAUGCUGCUGUGGGGGUAAAAGCCUUCUUUGACAUGAUGCACGAUGGUCCUCACAAAGUGAUGUUGUUUGGCGCCGCCUGUACUCAAGUGACCGACCCCAUCGCCAAGGCCUCCAAACACUGGCAUCUCACACAGCUGUCGUACGCUGACACACAUCCGAUGUUCACUAGCCAUAACUUCCCUAACUUUUUCCGUGUGGUGCCUAGCGAAAACGCCUUCAACCUUCCAAGAUUAAAACUCGCCCAGCAUUUCAAUUGGAACAGAGUGGGCACCAUCUAUCAAAACGAGCCCCGCUACUCAUUGGCUCACAAUCGCCUAGUUGCGGACUUGGACUCGAUGAACUUCACGAUAGCGGAAACACAAAGUUUUGCCAACGAAGUUGCCUCCGCUAUCCUGAAGUUACAGGAGAAGGAUAUUCGUAUUAUACUCGGGAACUUCAACGAGAGCUGGGCGAGAGCGAUCUUCUGCGAGGCUUACAGAGUGGGGAUGGUUGGUCGGAAGUACCAGUGGUUGAUCAUGGGCACCUACAGUGAACGGUGGUGGCUGGACGAGACAGCUCCUUGCCCGCUGGACCAGCUACAGGCGGCGCUGGAGGGCUGUAUACUCACCGAUCUGCUACCCCUAGCUACCAGUGGCGAGAUCACCAUCUCAGGCAUUACCGCAGACGAAUAUCGGCAAGAGUACGACUCUCGGAGAGGCCAGGAGUACUCGAGGUUCCAUGGGUACACGUACGACGGAAUCUGGGCGACCGCCUUGGCCAUCCAGCAUGUGGCGCACAGGAUACGUCACGUGAGGAAGAACACAACUGUCAUAGACUUCCAGUACCGGGACCCGGUGUGGGAACAGCUGUUUCUGGAGGCUCUGCGGAACACCAGCUUUGAAGGAGUCACAGGACCUGUAAGGUUUUACGACAACGAGAGAAAAGCCAACAUCAUGCUGAAACAGUAUCAAAACGGGGAGGAGGUGAAGAUAGGAGAGUUCAACGGCGUGACUCAACAACUUGACCUGAGUAAAGGCCAGGGUAUCUGGUGGCGGGAUGGGAGAGGACCUCCUAAAGACAGGACUCUACAACAGUUCGAGCACUCACAUGUUAACUUGGCCAUCUACGCUUCUCUGGCAGCUACUGCGUCCUGUGGUAUCAUCAUGGCAGCGGUAUUCCUCGCCAUCAACAUCAAGUAUCGCAACCAGAGGUACAUCAAGAUGUCGUCACCGCACCUGAACAACCUCAUCAUCGUUGGAUGCAUGCUGACGUACAGCAGUGUUAUCUUCCUUGGUAUGGACUCCCGCCUGACCAGUGAGCACGCCUUCCCUUACAUCUGUACUGCACGCGCCUGGCUGCUUAUGGCGGGCUUCUCCCUGGCCUUUGGUGCCAUGUUCUCCAAAACGUGGCGGGUACACUCGAUAUUCACCGAUGUCAAGCUGAACAAAAAGGUGAUCAAGGACUAUCAGCUGUUUAUGGUUGUUGGUGUGCUACUUGUCAUAGACAUGGGUAUCAUGACCACGUGGCAAGUCACAGAUCCUUUCUACCGGGACACCAAGCAGAUGGAACCUUACUCGCACCCGAACAGUGAAGACAUCAUUAUAAUUCCGGAGAAUGAAUACUGCCAAAGCAAUCGCAUGACAAUCUUCGUCGGUUCAAUUUACGCUUAUAAGGGGCUGCUCAUGAUAUUCGGCGCGUUCCUGGCAUGGGAGACGCGGCAUGUCAGCAUACCCGCGCUCAACGACUCCAAGUACGUCGGCAUGAGCGUCUACAACGUUGUCCUCAUGUGUGUCAUGGGCGCCGCCAUCUCCUUCGUGCUUUCCGACCAGCAAGACGCUUCCUUCGUCAUGGUCUCCAUCUUCAUCAUCUUCUGCACCACCACCACCCUCUGCCUUGUUUUUGUGCCAAAGUUGGUAGAAUUAAAAAGAAACCCUCAGGGUGCUAUCGACAAACGUAUCAGGGCCACCCUCAAACCGAUGGGGACCAAAAGAAGAGACUCCUCGGAACUGGAAGAGAGACUGAGAGAUGCAAAGAAUCAAAAUCAAAGAUGUAGAAAGAUCUUGUUGGAACGGGAAGCUGAACUUCAAGCUCUCCUGAGACGAAUGGGUUCAGACGAGACUAGAUUAGCGCCUCCACAGCAGGACGUAGGCCAGCUUAGGCGAGAUGAUGAGCACCUGACCCAGCCCAACAACACGCGGCUGACUGUAUCAGCACCCUCACACACUGAGACUACUGACGUCAGCUCGUUGUGCUCUCUCAACUCUUCCCAGGACGGCGAGUAUGUCAACCUGAUUGACGCUCCUGUGCAGAAAAAAAAGACCACCUUCGGAAGUAAGAUCCCAGCAAUAGCGUUGGAUGACUCAGUACCAGUGUCUCCUGGUCUAGCAGUGAUAUCGGAGAGCAGUUCACUGAGAGAGCGGUUACCAUCACCGCCACCUAACAAGGCAGUUUCCUGGGAGGAGAAACCACCAACGCCACCCUCCUCAGCCACCAUGGCGCUACGGCGACGCUCUAGUGCCACUCGGCCGCCCACGCUGCUGCACACGCCACCCGCGCCGCGACGCACCAGCGUGCCCGGCCGCCGCACACACCCCACGUUUGUGCACCAGGACGAGUUGUGGCUGACGCAGCGCCACUGCCGCCCCAGAUGUUUGCUCAAUAACGCAUCGCCGCCUGAAGUAUCGGACGAGGACGUCUCAGUGAUCCAGAGAACGGCCUCCGAGCGCAACCGUGACCGUGACAAGUGCUGUCACAGACCUCUGAAGAAGCCUACUCCGGCGCAUGUGCAGAGCACCCCUAACGUUCUAGCCGGGGCUGUGUCAGAAGGUGAACUACUUGACCUUGCGAUUCUACCAAUCUUUCAAAAACUGCUCACAGAGAGGCGUGGAGCCGCGAUCGCGUCUUGCCCGAACAUUGCUAUUAAGUGUGAUAUAGUAGAGUACCUUUAACAGUGUCCAGUGGCGUUGGGAACUUUACUUUUCAAUUGGGUAGUGAGUGUAGUACCGACUCGGUGGAACUUGUGUUACAAUAAUUGGAGAUGUGCGUGCGGAAAAUGGUCUGUUUUGAAAUUGGUUGUAUUGGAAUAUUAGUGUUGUGGUAAAAAAGGAAAAAUUAUCACCAAUAAGGUUUGGGACUAAAUUUGUAUCCUGAGUUGGAUAUUUAUCGACCUUGAAUAAAAUAGCUACUCUAAAUCAAUAAAACAAAAGCUAGAGAGAAUUUGUUUUGGUGAUUGGUUGUGCCUAGUGAUUAUGAGUCUAAAUUGGUAUCUUAAGUUGGAAAUUUGAAUAACCUCGGAAUGAAAAACAUCUUAAAAUAACCUAAUACCCUAAAAAAGUCAAACAAAAAUUUCGAGAAACUAUUGCAUGCCAACGUAAGCAGAUUUCUGAAUAGAAAUACAGUAUUAAUGCUAAGUUAAAAUUACAUUGCAUUAAUUUAGUUUUAUUUAUAUAAAUUAUACUAACGAAAACCACUGUAUAGAACUACAACCCUUUAGGCAAAACCAUUACUAUAAAUUUUCUGCAAACCCCUCUAUUAAAAAAAUUUGCUAAAUACUUAAUUACGUGGGUGUUUAUUUAUUAGAAUACAAUUUAAAAUCAAUUUCGAAGCAGCCCAUUAUCUACAUCAUGCACAUGACAAUGUAGUUCAAAUGUUGAAAAUUUGUAUAAAAUAUUUUUACAAGUGAAUGGGACUUGUGCGGUAUGAGUGAGUUGUCUCUUUUAUUCUGUCUGUAGUCUCUGUAUGUGGUUAUCGAUAUAAUUUGAAUUAUAUGAAUGCAAGUCGUUGGAUGAACAUCUCUGUUAAAUUUAGUAAUUUCAUAGUAUUUUACAAAAGAUGUUAUAAUAUGUGUGAUCCGGUCUCUUCACCUUUAUCGGUUAACCUUAAAUCUCUGAUUUGAAUCCUGCUGUACCUACCAGCCCGGAGUGCUUCAGGAUGAUUUACAAAUUGGUUGUACUCUUUAAUCACUUACUUAAAUUGCAAUUUUUAUUAUGUCAUGUAUGUAAAUAGCUAUAAGCUUCCCUUUUUGACAUUGAAUAAUUCUUGAUAAUUGUGAUUUUGAAAAAAGUUGUACCAGCCUUAUUGUUUAUAACUUUGAUGAGUUCAAUACUCUUUUGAAACAUUCUAAAUCGUAAAUAAAAAAGUCAAAUAAUAGUUUUUUUUUUUUUUUUAUUUAAGAAGCUGUUUUCAGAUUUACUUUUAAUUCAUUCUAAGAACAACUCUUUAAAAAUUUUCCGAACCGUAUAAAUAAAAAUAAAUAAGUUAGACAUGUAUUAAGCAAUGGACUUAAAGUGUGUUACGUAGUCAUAAAAACACUUGAGUUGUGUACCUGAUAGAAAUAUAAUUCGCUAUUUAUUGUGUUACAUACUUUAUUGAAUUUAUAGCCAAUGCUGGUUGUGUUAAGAGUGACUGAAUCUGUGGUUGACUAUUGGUCGUAUAGAUUCGUUAUGUUAAUUGUACAUCUACUGUAAAUAUUUAGAAAUCGGAUACUUCAUUAGUUAUUCUUGAUGUUAUUUUAUAUGUUUGAGUCUACAAAUAUUUUAUUAAAUGAGCAAUAUCAAAUUAAAAUCGGUUCUACCUGUACGUCUUGUGUCAUAAAACAACGAAAACUAAAAGAAAUCUAAGUAUAUGGAUUAUUAUUGUUAUUACUAUUUAUAAUUUUCGUUAGAUCAAAAUUAGUUUGACACCAUCAGUAUUUGGCCUUUAACCCUCUAAACAUACAAGAAUAUACAGACAAAUAGGAUGCUAUAUUCUAAAUUACUGUUGUCGCUUAGGAAUUUAAUCUGUGUGUAGAAACUGGGAAAGCUUCAAACUACUGUUCUUAGUUUUGAAGAACUUCUUGAUAUUAAACCUAUGUUAUUUAAAUUUGAUAUUUAUUAUGACACCCUAUUAUUGUUUCACUACCGGAAACAUGAUUGUUGAUAUCAAAGAUGAAAUGUAUAUUUGUUCUCAUCCUUUAGUGAUAAGCAAUUUUCUUAGACAAAUAAAAACGGUCUCUUUUUGACCAAGC